GAUCUUUUGGAUUUACCAGAUAAAGAAAUUUUAGUUAAUUUUGUUAAAGCUUAUUAUUUACUUGUAUAUCAAAUAAUUGACAACAUUUUAUUAAUUGAAGCUUAUGUACAAUUGUUAUAUGUAGAACAUUUAAUUAAAGAAAACUAUUGA